AUGAAUACCCAAAAGAAGUUCAAAAAUAUUUAGAAGGAAUACAUCAAGUUUUUUUUUUUAUUAUUUUUAUUUUUAUAGAAAAAUAAAUAAAAUAAAAUAAAGAUUUUUAAAAAAAGACAUUAUUUUUCACCAACCUAUCCUUUGAGCCUCUGCCGUAAAAAAAUAGUUGAAAAAGAAUAAUAAAAUGAUAUUUUUUGUUGGAAUUAGAAUAUAUAAAAACAAUUAUUUUAAUAAAAUACAUCGAAUCCAGAUUAAAAUUAAUGCUGGUCAGUAUAAAUUAUUUAAGGUUAUGUAGGUUAAUUCAUCUAGGCUUUAAAAAACAAACAAAACUUAUCAAUAACAUUAAUAUGUAGACGUUCAUUUAAACGUGGUGGUACGAGAUACAUACAUAGAGGUGCAGAUUCAAAUGGGUUUGUAGCAAAUUAUUGCGAAAAUGAACUAUUAGUUGAAUACAAAGACUAAAUGAUAAGUUACUUAUCCAUAAGGGGAAGUGUUCCUCUUUUUUGGGAACAAAAAGGGUUUUAAGCGUAACUUAGAAUAACUCGAGGUGAAGAAUUAAAUACUGAAGUAUGUAAAAAACAUUUUGAUUAUAUAAGAAAAUCUUAUGGGAAUUGUGGAAAUACAGUUGAAGUGGUAAAUUUGAUGUUGUUAGGGGAUAAAUAGGAAUAAAUUCUAUCUGAAAAAUUCGAGAGUAAUUUAAAUGGUACUGAAGGAAUAGAAUACGUGCAUUUUGAUUUUCAUAAAAGGGCUGAUGAUUUAGAUGAAUAUGUAUAUGAUUUUUGUAAAAAAAAAUAAGAAUUCGGAUUUUUAGUUGAAAACAAUAAUAACGAAGAAAUAAUUGAAGAAUAAAAAGGGAUUUAUAGAAUUAAUUGCAAAGAUUGUUUAGAUAGAACUAAUUCUUUUAUGAUGAGGGUCUGUUUUUGGACUCUUAUGGAUAUUAUUAAAAAUUUAAAUGUGAGCUUUUUAGAUGAGAGUGAAUUUUAAACACUUAUGUCUGGUUUGUAGGUAAAAGGGCUUUUUGAUAAAGGAUAAAAUUCCAGUUUUGUGAAUUAAUUUAAGUAGUUAUGGAUUGAAAAUGGAAAUAAUAUUUCUAAAUUGUAUGCUGGAACGGAUUCUACGACUAAAAAUGCAUCAAAAGGACUUAAAUUUAAAAUGGAUUGUUAUUUAAUUGGGAUUAAAAGGUUUGUUAAUGGAAAUAUUAAAGACUCUUUUAAAAUGAAGUGUCUGAAUUAUAUUAUGGGAUAGAAUUAAGAAUAAUAAAUUUAUGAUUAUUGUUUACCUGAUGAUGUUAAUUAAUAAUUAAUAAAAAAAAAAAAUGAAUAUAUUAAAUAAGUUAAAUUAAAUAUUUAAAUAAUUACUUGGAACGUAAUGAAUCUUAAUUCAGAUAAAUAAAUUAUACUAGAUAAGUUUUUUGAUACAAAAGGAUAGAAUAAUCCUGAUAUAAUAGUCAUAGGUUUAUAAGAAAUUGUAAAAUAGAAAAAAUUUAAAAUAUAGAAUAUUUUUUAAACCAAUCAUGAUAUUAAUUCAGUAUAAUAAUGGACAUAAAUAGUUACAUAUAAUUUAAAAAACUAAUUAAAUGAUAAUUAUAUACUAGUUGAUUCACAUGAUAUGGUAGGAAACUUAUUACUUAUUUAUGCAAAAGACAUGAAAAUCAAUUAAAUAAAAAAUAUAGAACAUGAUUCUAUAAAAUGUGGUUUUGCAAAAAAAGUUGGAAAUGUAGGAGGUACUGUUUGUAGAUUUGAAAUAGAUGAUGUUAAAAUAUGCUUUGUUAAUUGUUUUUUAACUUCUGGAAGAAAUAAAAAGAAAGUAGAAGAAAGAUUCGAAAUUUUAAAUUAAAUACAUAAUACUGCUUUUUAAAAAGAUGGAAUGGGAAAAGUUAAAGGAAAUUUAAUUAAUACUGCUGAUAUAAUUUUUGUUUUUGGAGAUCUCAACUUUAGGGUCGAUAUGGAAUAUAAAGUUACUUAAGAAAUUAUUUAAAGCUAUCAAUAUCUCGUUUUGAAAUAGUAAAUUGAUGAAUCAUAUAAUAUGAUUAAGCAAUUACUUAAAAAAGAUCAAUUUUCAUAAAAUUAUAAAAACGAUUCUAUCAUGAAGGAUUAUUUUGAAUAAUAAAUCAACUUUCCUCCUAAUUUUAAUGAUUCUUCUAAAAAAAAUAGAACAUCUUCAUGGAGAGGAAGAAUACUUAUUAAGACAAAAGAAGAAAAUAAUUGCUUUGAAUAACUUUUUUAUUGUUCAAAUUAUACCAAUUAAUUUUCUGAUCAUUCGUCAGUUUCUGGAUAUUUUGUUACAUAAACAGAAAUAUUAAAUGAAGAAAAACGUCAAUAAAUAAUUGAAGAAAUUUUCAAAGAAAAAAACAUUUAAAUAAGUGAUAAUAUAGCAUUCGAGGACACAAUCGUAUGA